AUGUCAUCCACCAACAAAACCGCAAUCGUUCUCAUCGAUCCUUACAAUGACUUCCUCCAUCCCAAAGGCAAAGUCAACCAACUUCUCGCCGAGUCUCUCGCCGAUACAAACACCAUUGCUCAUCUCCAGAAUCUCGUGACCACUGCUCGUGCUCAGAAAAUUCCUAUCUACUAUGGUUUGCAUCAACAGGUAAAAGUUGGAUUUCUAGCAGGUUGGGAACAUGCAACUGUGAUGCAGCAAGGUCAAAGAGAUCACAAGACUUUUGAGGAGGGAUCAUGGGGUGUUGAGAUUUAUGAAGGAUUGGAGCCGGAUGUGGAGGGAAAUGGAGAUGUGGUUGUUAGUAAACAUUGGUGCAGCAGCUCGUUCUCAAACACCGAUUUGGAUUACCAGUUGAAGCAAAGAGAUAUCACCCAUCUAAUCUUUGCCGGAUUGACGGCAAAUACUUGUUUGGAAUCCACAGCAAGAUAUGCUUAUGAAUUGGGAUAUCAUGUAACCAUGCUUAAGGAUGCAACGGCAGGCUUUACUACCGUUGCAAAGGAUGCUGCCACUAAUCUUAUUUGGCCAUUGUUUGCAAAUCAGGUAUUGACCGUGGAAGAGUGGAAGAAGAGUUUGUAA